AACCAGUUCGCUGCCUCGUGGGACAAACUAUGGCUGCUGCUGCCCUUCAGGAUCUGUGCGAGGAAGCCACUUGCUCCAUCUGCCUGGAGGAUUUUAUGGAUCCCAUCACCAUUGAAUGUGGGCACAAUUUCUGCAGAGCCUGCCUGACCCGGUGCUGGGAGGGGACGGAGGGCGAAGAGGCGUCCUGCCCCCAAUGCAGAGCAAAAGUCCGAAGGAACCUGAUCCCCAAUCGGCAGCUGGCAAACUUAGUGGAACAACUCAGUCACUUGGAAGAGGAGAAGGCAAAAGAAUCAAAAAGGCUCUGUAAGGAACACCAGGAGCCCCUGAAACUCUUCUGCCAGGACGACAAAACCGUCAUUUGUGUGAUUUGCGACAGAUCCAAAGAGCACCGAGACCACCAGGUGGUUCCUGUGGAGGAGGCUGCCCAGGAGUACCAGGAUCUCAUCUCCAGCCGCCUGAAGCUUCUGGAGGAGGAGAGAGCCAACAUUUUAACAUAUAAAGCAAAAACAGAAGAAGAAAGCCAAGACUUACUUAAACAGACAAAAGCCGAGAUGGAAAAGAUGAAAGCAGAAUUUAAGAAACUUCGCCAGUUUUUGGAAGAUCAGGAGAAGCUUUUAAUGGUCCAGAUGGAAGAGGUGGAGAAGGAGAUUGUGAGGAAAAAGCAUGAGCACCUGGCCAAGCUCUCCGAGGAGCUCUUCUCCCUUGGAGAUCUCAUCCAGGAGAUGGAGCAGAAGUGCCAGCAACCCCCAGAGGAAUUCCUGCAGGACGUUGGAAGCAUCCUGCAGAGGAGCAAUGAGAAAGUUACAUUUGAGAAUCCAGUCGUCUUUCUUCCGGAACUGAAGUGGAAGAUUUGGGAUUUUUGUGAUAUGAAUCCUUUUCUAGCAGCCGUCAUGAACCAGUUCAAAGAUGCUCUGGUACAUGGACUUCGGCUGCAGAAAGCAAAUGUAACCCUGGAUCCAGACACGGCUCAUCUGUGGCUUAUUGUUUCUGAAGAUCGUAAAAGUGUCACAUGUGGAUCCAAAAGUCAAGAUCUGCCUGACAAUCCUAAGAGAUUUUCCAAACGUGGUAUGGUGCUGGGACAGGAGAGAUUCACAGCAGGCAGACAUUUCUGGGAAGUUGUUGUGAGAAGUGAGGAGAACUGGCUGGCAGGGGUCACCCGAGAGUCAGUGGAGAGAAAGGAAGACGGUAUCUCAACUGCAAAGAGAGGUAUCUUGGCUGUAGAGAAGUGGGACGGUGAAUACAAGUCUACCAGCCAUCCUACGUUCACUUGCUUGUCUCCAAGUGAUGACCUCAAAAGAAUCCGAGUGUCUCUGAAUUGUGCAGCUGGGAGGGUUGCUUUCUACAAUGCUGACACAGCAGACCAUCUGUACACGUUCUCUGAAGCCUCAUUUGUGGGACAGACCUUUCUGCCCCUCUUUGAAGUCUUCAGAAAGGGCCAUGUCAGAAUCUCCCCUUAAGGCAGCUGAGUAAACUGAUGUCCCAUGGUGUUUUCUUCACCCCAAGAAGAUUAAUGUAGAAAUCAAAGAUCAAUUGGUCACAAGACUUUUUUUCUCUCUCUUUGGCUACAAACUCUCAAGAAGGCUUCUGGUCACAGGCUGUAAAAUCACUCAGUCAGAGGGCCACAUUUUUCUCUUGCCACCACUGGUUCUGAAUUGGAAGGUUUUCAAUGAAUAAACUUCUCUUUACACUCCCUCUUUAGCUGAGCUAUGGCCAAGCAGCCAACAGAGUUACUUCCUUACUAAGUAGCUGCCACUGGAACAUAACGAGAUAUUUGCUGUGUAAAAGAAAAGACGCUUCUGUUGUAUAACGAAAUAAGUGCUGAUGCUUAGAACAACAACAGUGUAGUUAGUUCAGAGAAACAUCAGAUACUAUCCUUUUGUGAAAUACCUCACAUUCUGGAUCAGGGUUUAAGCAAUUGAUUUAAAGUCACAUGGUAGUCACAUGGUUUUUCUGUUGCUGUGUACGUCCUCUUGGACAACUUUUAAUCUGGUUUUAAGUUUUGUUUUAGAUUGCUCCCAGGAAUAAUGUAGGAUUUUAAAUUAUUGCGUUUUCAAACUUGCAGUAGAUCACAAGGUUUCUAAAAUCGAUGUUUCCAGUUCCCCGUAAUACCUCUUUUGCAUCUUUGCAUUAGAAUUUCUCAUUAUAUUCAAAUUUGGUCAUUAUUUCAAAAUGAUGUGGUGGGUGUUCAAUGCUAUGAAGUGUUUCAUUUCAAAAUUUUUGUCCAAAUUGACCCCUCCUUUAUCAUAGAAUCAUAGAAAAGUGAAGUUGGAAGGGGCCUACAAGAUCAUCAAAUCCAACCCCCUGCUCAAGGAAGGAAUAUGAUCAAAGCAUAUCUGCCAGGUGGUUAUCUAAGUUUUUCUUGAAUGCUCUAGUAAAAUAAAGUGCCUCUAGUAUGAAAUAAAGAACUCUGUGAUUUCAA